AUGUCCAUCGCUUUCGACAACAUCGACAACUUCCGAGACGUCGGAAAGACGAUUAACAAUUAUCUCGGCCAGAAGGUAAUCCGAGAAGGCGUAUUCUUCCGAUCCGCGCGACCAGACAGAGCAUCCCCCUCAGACCGCAGGAGAAUCAAAGAUGAGCUAGGCAUCCGAACGGUCGUGGAUCUGCGAAAUAACAAGGAGCAGCGCGGGCGGAUCCCCGGCCUGCAGUACCGCGAGAUCAAGGUGACGGGGAAGCGGUUCGAGGCGUUUCUCUGGGAACAGCUUGGGUGGUGGGCUUUCUCCAAGGUAACCAUCCUCGCACUCCUCGGCCACCGCGCCCAAGCUACCAGCAUCCUCAGCCGGGAAGCCAUGCAGCCGCGAGGUCUCGCCCUCCGCACUUUCAUAUCCCCCUCAUCCCUCCCCCUCCUAGUGCACUGCGCCUUAGGCAAAGACCGAACCGGCCUCAUCAUCGCCCUAACGUUGAUGAUCCUCGGCGUACCAUCAGCUGCAAUCAUGCGCGACUACCAGCUGUCACGCGAGGGCCUCGCAAUCAAUGAAGAGGCUCGACUCAAAGAGGCUCGGAGGGUUGGCCUUUCGCCGGAGUGGGUAGAUGUACCGGGUGAUUUCGUAGAGGGGAUUAAAGGGCAUUUGGAUGUGAAGUAUGGUGGUAUUGACGCUUAUUUGGAUGGUAUUGGGUUUGGAAAAGAUGGACGGGAGAGAUUAGUUAAGGUGUUGAGUGUGUAG